AUGCUACCCGUUUUGCGAGGCUUUUCCUGCCGCCAUCGUCCGCUCGACAAAGUAAGUGCUCUUUUUGGAAGCUUGGUAGCCAUCUCGGCUACGGACAGUAGCCGUGGUGUGAGUAGUCGUGCGGGUGCUGGCGAACCGCUCGAACCGAUCGUAGUCACACGGCGUAACAGUCUACCACCGGCAUCGCCAAUAUUCAAACCGAUUGUGCCUUCAAAGCUAAACGGUUUUCCUACUCUUAACGGAUCGCAAUUGAAUACGCAGAACGGCAACAGUAUGACGAACGAUCGACCUAUCGAAUUAUCGAAACGAACCGUCGAAGCCCGCGAAAAUCUUAAAAAGGCGCACAUUGUUUGUUUCGAUGUCGAUUCGACCAUUAUAACCGAGGAGGGAAUCGAUGAGUUGGCACAAUUUUGUGGAAAAGGCGGAGAAGUUGCCGCACUCACCAAGGAAGCGAUGGGUGGCAGUAUGACUUUCCAGGAGGCUUUGAAACGACGGUUGGACAUUAUCAAACCAUCGCAACGGCAGAUUCGUGAGUUCCUCAAAACGCAUCCUUCUACCAUAUCUGCGGGUGUGAAAGAGUUGAUCGAACAAUUGCGAAAGAACGAUACGGAAGUUUUCCUCGUUAGUGGUGGCUUCGAUUGUUUAAUCGAGCCGGUAGCCGACGCGCUGGAGAUACCUCUUUGCAACCUCUAUGCCAAUAAACUAUUCUUCAACUACAACGGCAGCUACGCGGCUUUCGAUACGACGCAACCAACGGCGCGAUCAGGUGGCAAGGGAGAGGCUAUCAAAAUGAUUCGCAGCCUGGUCGCGGGUGGCUCAGGAUCUGGUGCAGACAAGGUCGUUGCCAUGAUCGGUGACGGUAUGACCGAUCUAGAGGCGUGUCCGCCGGCAAACAUUUUCAUCGGCUAUGGUGGUAAUGCCGUUCGCGAGGAAGUUCAAAAACGAGCGACCUAUUAUGUAACCAACUUUGCUGAUCUGCUGUGGUGAUCAAAGUCUGAUGAUUCCAACUACGUAUAAUCGAUAACAUUGAUAAUUAUUACAUCUAAAGCUAAGUCAGUGGAGAUUGUUAAAUAUUGCGUUCGUUGUUGUAAAUAAUCAUUUCUUAUUCAUAUGAAUUAUCGUAAUUACAUGUAUGCUUUCAACGCGAUAGAACAGUAA